CCUCAGCACGACUCGGCUAGGCGCGUUAUCUCAAAAUGGCGAACUGUAACCUAUGCAUGUUCAUUUUAACCGUGCUCGCAUUACCCUUUUUGUCUAACUCCUCGAGUCCCUUUAGGCUUAAUAUUCCAAAGGUGUUACUGCCUUUAGCCCGGAGCACGAAGAUCAACUUCACGCUGGAAGCCUCCGAGGGCUGCUACAGGUGGACUUCAUCAAGGCCAGAGGUCGCAAGUGUGGAGGCUGUUGAUCCAGAUGAGCGUCAAUGUUCUCAAAGAGCACUACUGCAGGCUCGCUCUUCACAACCAACCAGGUUGACAAGUAUUAUCUUUGCAGAGGACAUAUUGACUGGUCAGAUACUUCGUUGUGAUGCAAUUGUGGAUGUUAUCAGUGAAAUUCAAAUUGUUUCUACAACUCGUGAACUUUACCUUGAGGAUUCUCCUUUGGAGUUGAGGAUCCAUGCUUUAGACUCAGAAGGAAAUACAUUUAGCACAUUGGCAGGGCUAGUUUUUGACUGGACAAUUGUAAAGGAUAUGGAAACUGCAAGUUUCUCCGAUUCCUACAAUGCACUUAGAGUUCUGAAGUUUUCUGAAUCUACAUACACCCCACCAGCAUAUAUUUCAGAAAUGGAAAAGGUUGGGAAGCAGGGAGAUACUAUUUUGGUAUCUGGUAUGAAAACGGGGAAUUCCAGACUUAAGGCAAAGAUACAGGAAUCAUUAUACAAGGAUGUGUUAGCAGCUGAAGUGAGACUCUUAAUCUUGGAAAAUAUUCUUCUGAAACCAGCAUGUGAUAUCUACCUUCUGGUUGGAACAUCUAUAAAAUACAAGGUGCAGAAGUUUAGGCAAGGAAAAAUUACAGAAGUAGUUAUGCCAUGUGAUCAAUAUGAGUUACAACUUCAGAACAGCAUAGUUGCUCAAGAUGGAGACCUUCAUCGUCCAGUUGCAAAAUUAGACCGGGCAACCUCAACAGUUACUGCUCUUCAGCUGGGACAGACUAACAUAGUCCUUGACCACAAGAAUGUCCGCAUGCAGGGUGCAUCUCGGCUUCCAAACAGCACCAUUUAUGUUGUGGAGCCUGGAUAUUUAGGAUUUACUAUUCGCCCAGGAGACAGAUGGGUCCUUGAGACUGGAAGACAAUAUGAAAUUCUAAUUGAGGUCUUUGACAAGACAGGAAACAAAGUGUACCUGUCUGAUAAUAUUCACAUCGAAGCAGAAAUUCCAAAUGAGUAUUUUCAAAUAUUGAAGUCUUCUCUGAAUGGAUCUUAUCAUCAUGUAAAAGCUUUAAAAAAGGGACAGGUUGUAAUAGAAGGAGCGCUCACUUCGGUUGUUGAUCAGGAUGGAGGAGUCCAUGUUUUGCCUGUUCCAGUACGUAACCAACAAGAUGUGGAAAUAUAUGAUCCUAUCAUUCUGACUCCAGUAAUUUUGACAUUUCCUUGGCAGCCAAAGGUUGGCGCUUAUAUGUACACUAUAAAAGCUCAUGGAGGAAGUGGAAAUUUCACCUGGUCCUCCUUGAAUCACGCAGUUGCCACAGUGACAGUGAAAGGGGUCAUGACUACUGGCAGUGACAUUGGCAUUAGUGUGAUCCAGGCUCAUGAUGUCCAGAAUUCACUGCAUUAUGGUGAAAUGAAAGUUUAUGUGAUUGAGCCAGUUGGUAUGGAAUUUAUUCCGUGUCAAGUAGAAGCACGUGUCGGGCUCUUCCUUGAGCUUCCUUUAAGGAUUUUUGGUCUUUUGAAUGUGGAAACAGGAGAGAAAGUCACUUUAAGUGACUGUUCUCAUUUUGAACUGUUAGUGGAAGUGGAAAAUCAAGGUGUUUUUCGCCUUUUACCUGGAAGGUUAAAUGCUGGUCCUGAGUACUGCAGUGGAGUUCGGGUGCAGGCCGAAGGGCUCGGAUACACAACCCUCCAUGUUAGUUACACACAUGGUCGCAUUCAUCUUGAUGCUCGUAUUACCAUUGCUGCAUAUGAGCCUCUGAAAGCAGUGGAUCCGGUUUCUGUUGCUCUGGUAACUUUGGGUUCAUCAAAAGACAUGCUUUUUGAAGGUGGGCCAAAGCCUUGGGUCCUGGAACCAUCUAAAUUCUUUAGGAAUCUUACUGCAGAGGAUUCAGGGAGUGUUACUCUGUCCCUUUUUGGGCCUGCUUCAAGAAAUUACUAUCAGCACUGGGUCAGAGCAACAUGCCAAGCUUUGGGAGAGCAGGUUUUGGCAGUAACCGUGGGAAAUCAUGCCAGCCUGACCAACCCCUUUCCUGCCGUAGAGCCAGCAGUAGUCAAAUUUGUUUGUACCCCUCCUUCACGUUUGACUUUGGUACCAGUUUAUACAAGCCCACAGCUUGACCUUUCCUGUCCACUGCUGCAACAAAACAAACAAGUGGUCCCUGUGUCAAAUUAUCGCAAUCCUGUAUUGGACUUAGCUGCUUAUGAUGAACAAGGCCGUCGGUUUGACAACUUCAGCUCUCUGAGUAUUCUGUGGGACUCAACAAAGGUGUCUCUAGCUAGUAUUGAGCCUUAUAUGCCAAUGGAAUUGUCUCUAUAUGAAGAUGCACACCGACAGAAGAAGCUUCAAGGUCGCCAGACCGUUCUUGUACACAGAGAUUCAGGACUUGUUUCCAUCACUGUUACUGCUAUUGGGUACCAAACUUCCCACUUGAAUGCAGCCAGAGUUCAGAAGGUGUAUGACCGCCUCACUCCUGUUUCAGCCACUAUUGAACUGCUGCUGGUAGAAGAUGUAAAAGUUUUUCCUGAAACUGUUACUAUUUACAGCCACCCAGAUGUUCGGGUUGAGCUGAGUCUCCUACAGGGCUCUGGCUAUUUCUUUGUUAACACAAGUGUGGAGAGAAUUGGAAAUGUGGUCUAUCAAGAAGAAAAAGGAGUUGCUGAGGUUCAUCCCCUACACCCAGGGUCUCUAACAGUGAUGGUUCAUGAUUUAUGCUUGGCAUUUCCAGCUCCUGCCAGAGCCAUUGUGCACAUUUCAGAUAUUCAUGAGGUUUAUGUUAGAGUUGUUGACAAGGUGGAGAUUGGCAAGUCAGUGAAAGCUCAUGUACGCGUUCUGGAUGAUAACAAAAAACCUUUCUUGGCUAAAUAUUUCCCUUUCAUGAAUUUAAAACUUAAGGCUGCAUCUCAGAUUGUGUCAUUACUACCACUGAGUGACUCUUUGGAAAAUGACACAGCAUCUUUUCUAGUCCAAGGAAUGACAAUUGGGCAGACAAGUCUUUCUGCUGUUGUUGUAGAUAAAAAUGGCAAACGGAUUACUUCUGCUCCUCAACCAAUUGAAGUCUUUCCACCAUUCAGACUAAUUCCCAGGAAGGUGACAUUAAUUAUUGGAGCGAUGAUGCAGAUAACAUCAGAAGGAGGACCACAGCCUCAGUCCAACAUUAUUUUUUCUAUUGAUGAUGAAACAAUUGCAUCAGUUAACAGCAUGGGACAUGUCAGUGGUGUUGCCAUUGGUAAUGUGACAGUCACUGGAGUCGUGCAAGCUGUGGAUGCAGAAACUGGGAAGCUGGUUAUAAUAUCACAGGACAAAGUAGAUGUUGAGGUAGUGCAACUGAAGGCAGUCCGAAUUAGAGCACCAAUAACACGAAUGAAGACUAAUACACAGAUGCCAGUUUACGUGAUGGGAAUAACAAGCAGCCAGACUCCUUUCUCAUUUGGCAAUGCCCUGCCAGGUCUCACUUUUUAUUGGACGGUCUCCAAGAGGGAUGUUCUUGAGCUCCGGACUCGUCAUUCUGAGGCCUUACUGCAGCUUUCUCAUGAAAACAAUUUUGCAAUGAAUGUUUAUGGAAAAACAAAAGGAAGAACUGGUUUAAAAGUUGUAGUGAAAGCAAUAAAUCAAGGCACUGGUCAUUUUGAAGGACAGCUGAAAGAGCUUUCAGAUGAAAUACAAAUCCAGGUUUUUGAGAAGCUCCAUUUACUGAAGCCUCCGGUGGAGGCAGAGGAGAUACUUAUGUCACCCAACUCUUUCUUAAGACUACAGACAAAUAGGGAUGGUGUUGCUUCUAUGAGUUACAAAGCAUUAGAAUGUCCAGACAAGGCCCCUAUAGUGAAUGUGGAUGAGAAGGGCACAGUUACUUCCAGUUCCCUCACGGGUAUGUCCAGCUUAGAGGUGAACUCCCAAGAAGCAUUUGGUGUGAACCAAACUAUUAUUGUUGCUGUGAAGGUGGCUCCUGUUUCUUAUCUGAGGAUUAGCACAAGUCCUACUCUUUACACUGCUAACAAAGAGCUGCUGUCUGCCAUUCCUUUGGGAGCAACACUCACUUUUACAGCUCAUUUCCAUGACAGUGCUGGGGACAGCUUCCAUGCUCACAAUUCAAUGCUCACAUUUGCUACUAACAGGGAUGACCUGGUGCUUAUAGGAAAAGGAGCAACUAACAACACCUUUGUUGUCCGAAGUGUAAAUGUGGGACUUACCUUACUUGGAGUGUGGGACAUGGAACACAGUGGUGUUGCAGAUUAUGUGGCACUGCCAGUCCAACAUGCCAUUCUACCAGAUGAAGCAGAGAAUUUGGUGGUUGGAGACGUAAUUUGUUUUAGUGCCUCACUGGUGAGCCAAGAAGGCCUUUCAGGGACAUGGAGCUCGUCUUCUGGAAACAUACUUCAGGUGGAUCCACAAACAGGAACUGGUGUAGCAAGAGAGUCAGGGGCUGCCACCAUUUACUAUGAAAUCCCUGGCCUAAUUAAAACCUACAGAGAGGUUUUCAUCUCCGGUGCUGAGAAGAUCACAGUCAUGACAAGCACUGCCAGUUCAAGGAAUAUUGCAGGGGGUGUGUUCUCUAGACCCUUUGUGACUACACGAGAGAAGGGAACCAAUUUAAUAGGUCGCUGUUCAUCUGCCCAGGUAGACGCCAUUAACGAUUUGCAUCCAGAGUCCAAUAUCAACUGCCAGCUCCAGUUCAGCAGUGAAAUAGUUGAGUUGACUGCCACUGAUGCAUUCACCUCACAGCCAGGAUUUGAUCCAUCCUCAGGUUACUACACCUGCUCUCUUAGCAUGCAGAGACUUAGCCGCACCCAGCUCAAGCUGCUCCUCCGUAUGUCUCACAAGUUCAUAAUAGUGAAGGCAGCUUUACAAGGGAGCCACAUCUCAGGAGAGCAGAUCACUACUGAAGUUCCUUUCACGCCUGGCUUUUACACUGACCAGACAGAAAUCACACUAAAUAACCUGCACACUGCUGCUGAUAUUACAGUAUAUGGGCCUUCUGAAGUUCUUGGCAACCUUGAGGUGAAGUCAAGCUCUCCUCACAUUGUUGUUCUGGAAAAAGAGACAUCCUAUGCCACACCUAGCUUUGUGAAGUACACAGUCAGCAUGUCUGACCCAAGGCUUCUGACUCAGAGUGAUCUAUCAGCAGGCAUCGCUGUCUCUAGCCCACUAACAGAGCAGUCCAUUAUUGUUCCAGUAACUUUGACACAUGCAUCAGACAGAAGUACUGCAAUGCAAGCUGGCACCACAAUGGCUGGUUCUUGGGAGAGAGGAGGACUCCUACAGCACUUCAUCGACUCAUACCAAGCAAUGUUUUUCACACUUUUUACACUUCUUGCUGUAACUGCUGUAGUAAUCAUUGUGUGCCAUGCCUUAUUUUCACCACGGGAGCAGGUUUAUCAUCCAGCAUUUCUUCCUAGGUCACCAAUUAAAUCAGGUUAUACACCUCCUGUUGUGAGUCCUUUCAACAACAACAUCCCAUCUAACUUGAGGAGCAGUCCGCAGCCGCGCCUCUACAGCACUGACUAUGAGUCUCGCUAGCACCCAUGCAAUUGGCAAGAGGAGAACAAAAAGUGCCUAUCAUGUCAUUUAAUUUUACAGAAGUGUUGCUUUUUUAUUUUUAUUUUUUUAUGUAAACAUAAAGUAUGAGCCUGCAGUGUUUUUGCAUUUUGGUAUUUUUGUUAAACUCUCAGGAAUUUGUUUCACAGAAGUGUAACAGAACUGACAAAAACUGAAUUAAGAAAGAAUUGAAAGAGUUUAAAAUUGAAAUGGUUCUGAGUGGAAUCAUUGUUAGUAUUAUAAAAUGGUAUGUGUCCUUUUGUUUGUUCUUCAGAUACUGUAUAGUGAAGGCAGAAAUGUGUUUGUAUGCAACAAAGUGUGAAGGAAAUGACUACUCCUGCGACCCCAUAUUAAUGGGAGUUGUUGGUCUUUAAUAGAGCCAUUGGAAACGUUGAGCAGCUGAUUAUCACCAUACCUCAAAAAUAUGUACGCUUUUAAUUUAAAAUUUAUUCUGUGAAGAUUGCUACUGUGAAGCUCCUUUCUAUACUUAGUGCUCCCUAAAUAUCAUGUCUGAGCCUUGCUUGUGCUUCAGCUGAAUGACGUGCAGUUUUAUGGUCAAGACUGGCAAAUGUUUGAGCCUGACCUUCUUUUCCAUUUGUGUCCUACUGGUUUAUCCUGUGAGUGCUACUGAAAUGUAUUAGCAUACAAGCUGAGCCUAAGCCAGUGAGGAAAAAGACGGAAUGAAAUGUGGACUUUUAUCAUUGUGGCUCGCAUUUCUGUGCCAAGAACUCCUGUGGUACAGGACUGCUAAGACUUAGCUGUCUGUGUUGGAACUGUGGCACCUACUAAACCAGGCCCCAUUAGCAUGUCCAAUUUAUGUGCUUUCUGUUUCAUCCUUUUGUUUCUCUUGUAUGGAGAUACAACUUAUUGAUAAAUACUUUAAAGCUUGUUAUUUUUUUAUAUUUAUGUAUUUUUAAAAAGCCAGUUAUGCCUGAGUGCAGAUUAUGUGUGGAUUUCUGUGGUAUUUUACAAGGCUUGUUUAAUUUUAUCUGCAGAGUACUGUUUAAAUUUUAUUUUAGCUUCUUUUUUUUUCUUGGAGCCCUGCUAAAUGAAGUGCUGCCGUCCACCAGUGUUGCAAAUGUGACAUUACGUGAGGUAAAGUGUUUGUUUGCUGAAUGUUUCAGAUUAUAGCAGAUUGGUGACAAGUUCUUUAAAACUGUAAAUCACACUUGACAAAUGAAAUACCUGAGCCAGCCAUUAAUAGCAGGAAAAACAGAUGCUUUCACAUGUGAAUUGCUAUUCUUUUUUUUAUUAUUAAAUUUGUAUUUUUCUAUCUAAAAUGUUUCCUGUCUCUAUUAUUGUAAAUAAAGAAAACACUACUUUA